GUGCCAGCCCAAUAGACUGAUGAGUUAUUGUCAUGUAAAAAAGCGCUAGCAAUAAGACCGAACGCUUUGCUAUUGUCCAAGCGGAAAGAGCCAAGUUUAUUAUGAGGACUAUAUGCUCUAGAGACCUCGGGCUAGGCGGGCUCUUAGGGGGGCUUUUCAUAAAACAGGGCUAGGUUCCUAUAAAGGAGGCCAGUUUUGGAGCAGGCGCUGAGCAGUGAACAUCUACCCACCGUCCAGCAUUCCGCCCAACCAGUUCCAACCAAACAAGUCCUCUUUCCCCCCAAACUCAGAUCGCGCGUCCUCCUCAUUUUUAUUUCGAUUAUUUUUUUUUUUAAAUUUUGUAACCCACCUUUUUGGCAGGGGGUUACUUUUUGUUUGACUGUUUUUUUUCCCGGGGAAGUGCAGCUUUCUAACUCCACCGAGCCUUCUCAAAUGUAUAAAAUGGAGUAUUCUUACCUAAAUUCCUCUGCCUACGAGUCAUGUAUGGCCGGGAUGGACACGACGAGCUUGGCAUCGGCCUAUGCGGACUUCAGCUCGUGCAGUCAAGCCAGUGGGUUUCAGUACAAUCCCAUCAGGACCACUUUCGGGGCCACCUCCGGCUGUCCGUCCCUCACGCCUGGGUCCUGCAGCCUGGGGACCCUGCGGGACCACCAGAGCAGCCCGUACGCCGCAGUUCCCUACAAACUCUUCACGGACCACGGUGGACUGAACGAGAAGCGGAAGCAGAGGCGCAUCCGGACCACGUUCACCAGCGCGCAGCUGAAGGAGCUGGAGCGGGUUUUUGCUGAAACGCACUACCCGGACAUCUACACCCGAGAGGAGCUGGCACUCAAAAUCGACCUGACUGAAGCCAGGGUUCAGGUGUGGUUUCAAAACCGGCGCGCCAAAUUUCGCAAGCAGGAGCGCGCGGCUGCAGCAGCAGCAGCGGCCGCCAAGUCCAAUUCCGGGAAGAAGUCCGACUCCAGAGACGAAGACAGCAAAGACAAUAAAUCCACCGACCCAGACAGCACAGGAGGACCGGGUCCGAACCCCAUCACCACCUCCAACUGCGGGGGACCGAGCCCCACCGGAGGCCAGGUCAACACCAUCGGGAACGGACAAGUGGACCAAGUGAAGACCUCCGUGUCCUCCGGUAUGGGGGUGACAGCGGCGAGCCAAGGCUGGGCCACCGCCCCGGGGACCAUCACCUCCAUCCCGGACUCGUUGGGCGGGCCGUUCGCCAGCGUGCUGUCGUCUUUGCAAAGACAGAACGGAGCCAAAGCUACAUUAGUAAAGACCAGCAUGUUCUAAUGCAGCUGCUUCCUCACCCUCCGGAGACCCGAACGCAAUGGCUCACUACAGACUUAAGGACAAUAACAAGCAGUGAAAAAAGAAGACGACAACUCUUGUUAUUUUAUUUUUAUGCCUUGUUGCCGUUUCUUGUGGCCAGUUGACACAUUUGCUGUGAAAAUAUCCAUCUUGACAAUUCGUGUUGUCUGAUAAUAACGUCGUUUUUUUUUUUUUUUUGCAAGUUGGGUGAAACGUUUCCACUUGUUUCGUGCAAAGACUGAAACCAUGACAAAACUGCAGAGCGCAUAUUAAUAUCAACACAAUUAUACUUCUUUCUAAAUGCGAAAAUUCAGAACGAGACAACGUCAGCGCAAAAAUGUCGCUCCCGAUCGAAGAAUCAUCACAUGUUCACAUCUAAAUCUCAAUCACCGGUGAAGCGACUCGUUAAGAUGUUGACCAGGUGCACGCGCAAACACAGAGGCCCGCGCGCGCCACCGGCGAGCCGAGGCGCCUCGUUGUGAGGUCACGUGACAUGUCAAGAGUUCAACAGCCGCUUUGUUUGGUGGAGAGACGUUUAGCGUGCACGGCUGAGGACGCGCGCACCCGACCGGCUUCUCUGACCCGCGCAGACACAAUAUGCAGUUCGGACAGCAGCCUCUCUACAGCUGUGUGUGUGUGUGUGUGUGUGUGUGUGUGUGUGUGUGUGUGUGUGUGUGUGUGUGUGUGCGCGUGUGGUUGUGAGCGUCUGUUUGUGUUUUUGUGUGAUUGUUUUUUGUUUUCUGGGCUGCUGAGAGUUUAGUUUCUUUAAAGUAUCGAUAUAAACACAAUUAUUUCCUCGAGAAAAAAAAAUGGCACAAACUACUGCAAUGUUCACCUCUGACGGGAAAUCUGUGUGUUUCGUGUGUCUUUCUACGGCAGUGUUUUUGUGGCUCAAACUGUAUAGUGUUAAUACGUAUUACUGUCUCCUAGUUGAACCAUAGGCCAUACUAGAUCGAUCAUACAAGUCUUUUCGAUGUUUUACUAAGUUCCCUGGGAAGAAUUUAUUUUGGGUAAAAAAGGAGAGGGACUGGAUGGAAACAUUGUAUUUAUUUCUAUAUAAUUUGCAUGUUGUCUUUUGUCUGAUUUACGAUGAUUUCGUUUCCUUUUUGUGAGCAUUAUGUAACACGUUUUGUCCAAGAUCUGAAAGUUAUUUAUAUGUAGGUAAUGAAUGCUUAUAUUUAAGAAGGAAAUAUUUCUACAUGUGCACAUAGUUUUCCAGGUGUACCAUUGAAAUGGUUGUUGAUGAUAAAAAAAAAAAUAGUCCAAGUGGCUUUUGUCAUGUUUUCUUUGGUUGGGAAUUUUAUUAUUAUAUUAUGUGUUUAAAUCCUCAAUUACAUAAAACAAGCUUUUUUAAUAAUUGCUCAUUAUUUUACUAAUAAGAAUCCCGAGGUUUCAGCACCACAGACAGCUCCGUAAUGUACGGAGUCCUUAUUUGUUUCUCCGAAACACGGUGAGAACAUUCACCUUCAAUUAAAGUAACAUUAUUUGAGCCAGUUUCAAAUAUACAAAAUAGUUUUGGUCUUUUGAACGAGAAAUGAAACAAUGACAAGUUAAAAUGGGGGAAACGAUGUCUUUGACAUUUUAAACAAAGGACACUGACAGGGGAAUUUUUGAGGCAUUUUUACUGCAUAAAUCUAUUUCCCGUCAGAUUUUGUGCCAAAUUACAACCAAACACUACCAGGUCGGACUCUUUAGAGCGACCCGUCCGCUGACACUGGGUGGUACUAAACUACUUAAAUGUGCAACACGGUGUCUCCAAGGUCAAAAUUUAUGGCAACUUUUGUUGCCCACGGAAAUAUUAUGAAUUCAUAUUUGGAACUUGAAAUUCCAUAUAACAUAUUUCGUUGUUGCACCCGUUGAAAAAUACUUUACUUCAUCCUGACUCGAACCCUGUCAGUUCUGAGUUUAACGAUAAUAAGAAUUUAACAAAACAUUAGACCCCUGAAGUGAUAAAUCUGACAUUAGAGGCAGAAUCGUUUUUCCAUUUGCUUCAUUUUUAUGUUUUAUUUCAUUUUUGCCACAUCCCUUGAUUUUGUAUUUCUUUGCAACUUCAGAAAAUGUAUUUUACCAGAUUUCAGUCUUCGACGUAUCAUCUGGUUAAAUAAUGUUGUUUUGUAGAAUUAACAGCCAGAAUCACAAUUUAAUUUAUGACAUUUUAUUUAUAAACAUACAGUUUGCUAUAAAUGCCAUUGCAUUUAAACAUCAAAGGAAUCUAUAUUUUGGAUAAUGUUCAGGUGAAUAUUACAAUAAAUACAGAGCAGACGUGAAGGCUCCAUUCCUCAACCAUCCUGCAGAAGCCCGUCUAAAUAUAGAGCUCAUGUCUCAAAGAUAAAAGAGACUUGAUAUUUAUUCAUUAACUAAAUGAGGAUAAAAAUAAAAAAAUACACAACCGAAACAGAAGCUUAAAAAUACUGUAGAACAGAGAGAUGAACCCGCAGGAGAAGCUUGGCUUUAGGACGCCGUUCAGGAGGACUAGUUUGCUUUCUGAUAGCAAAUCAUUUGGUUUUAGGCUUAAACGUGCAUUUUUUUUUUUUUACCUCUGCAAUACACAACCGAGCUCCUUUCACACACGUCCCCAAAAAAUGAAGCAAUUAUUUUAAAUGUCCAGCAGGUACUUUUCAUCCAACCAAAAUUUGCACAGGUGCAACUGCUGCAAUGUUCAUAUGACCUCUGCUCUUAUAGUUUCAACAUUGUGUUGAUGCAAGUUUAGAAAUUAAUCCUACCACAUGAGAAAUGAUCAAAUUACCUCAAUUAAUGGCGUCUUUCUCUAUAAUAAAACAACAUUCAGAAUUAAAUCAACGUUAUCCCCUGCAUUAUAGGUUUCUAAAUAAACAGCAAAUGUUUUCCUUUACACUGAUAUUUAUCACUGCAAACCCGGAGGAAUCACGGGGAGAUAUGAAAUGUCAUUCAUGUAAAAAAAGCAAUAUUUAGGGAGAGCUGCAGCCUGUCUGUCUGUCUGCAGUUAAACGUGUUCAAAUUUGGCCAAAUCUCUCCCUACACCCUAAAAAAAAAAAAAAAGAAGAAAGAAA